GUAAAACCAUCUGUAACAAUAGACAGACUUCAAUGUUUAAGUUAUGGCAGAUCAUUUGAUUCUUUCUCUCCAACCUCCUCCUUUUCUCAUCUUCCCUUGUUCUCUUCACCACCGUCCACUGGGAAGAUUUGCUGGUGGGGUUAGAUUUUCCGUUCCCGAGUUCCGAUUGUCCUCACAGCUACAGUUGGCUAAUUCUGUUUCACCUUCACAGUCUUCGUCUUCUCCACCGUCGAAUUCUUCUCCUGAGAAGUUCGAUCUCGUGUCCAGCACUCAGCUUAAGGAUGGAAGCCAUGUCUUCCGGUUCGGGGAUGCAAGUGAAAUCGAGAAAUAUCUCGAGGCUGAAGAAAAAGCGAGAUGCGUGGAGGCAGAGAAGCAACGUGCUAAGAUAGCAGAGGAAGCCAGUGAUGCUUCAAGGAAACAAGAUGGACAUACAUUGGGAGAUCUGGAUCCUUUUGCUGAAUCCGAGGGUGCUCCCAAGGAAAAAUCUGAUGCGAAAAAAAAAUCUGUCAAUUCUAAUACCGAAGAAACAGCUCCUUCCAAUCUUAGCAAUGUCAUCAAAAUCAAGGAUCGUAAAAGGGUUCGUUCUCCUACUAAGAAAAAGAAAGACACUUCAGCUUCAGUGAAUGUCUCGCGGGGAGAAGAUAAAGUUGAAGCCAAAGUUGCUAUUGUGUCCUCCAUGGUUAGUGUGGCUGAAGCUAUUCCUAGUGGCUCUACUGAAGAAAAGGCUGUUGUUUCUGGGAAGUCUGAGCCAAUUAAUGAAAAUGAAAUCACGGUCGAGUCAUAUAAUGCAGAGCCUCUUCCUUCUCAAGUCAUGGAAACAGGUUCAGUAAAUGAAAUAGGAGACCGUGAGACAAAUGCUAUGGAGGUUCAAGCUAGACCUAGAUCAUCUACUUCACAACAUGGUCCACAGUCCACUUUUGAACUUGGUGACAAUUUGGAUGUGAGUGAAAACCCGAUGAAAACUUUUGAAGCUGAGGAGAAGCUUGUCGUUGAACCAACAGCUACACUUGCUGUGUCUCCUGAUGAACUCAUUUCAACUUCAAAAGCAACACAUCGCAGCAUUAGUGAGAUCGUACAAGAGCCUUUAAUUGAUACGUCUGAGGAAAACCUUAUGAAAACUGUUGAAGCUGAGGAGAAUAUUUUAGUUGAACCAGAAGCAACACAUCGCAGCGUUGAUGGGAUCACUGAAAAGCCUGUAAUUGAUACUUCUGAGGUGGCAAAUGAAAGAGAAAAUGCGGCUUCAACCUUAGAAGAUGAAACUGUGAGGGACACAAAAACUGAUAAUGGUAGCAUAUCUAAGUCUACCAAUGACACAAAAGGCGAAGAUCUUCCACUUCCUGCACCAGAAACGGCUGGUCUUGAAUCCAUUAAAAGGGCCGCAGGCAGGGAAGAACUUGUGUCCAAAGCAUUUUACCUGGACUCUGGUUUUGCUUCCCUCCAAAACCCGUUUAAGGCAUUGGCAGGUCGGGAAGAUGCUUAUUUUAUCUCUCCCCACAACUGGAUAGGCAUUGCUGAUGGAGUCUCUCAGUGGUCAUUUGAAGGAAUCAAUAAGGGAAUGUAUGCUCAAGAACUCAUGAGCAACUGUCAGAAGAUUGUUUCUGAUGAAACUGCUAAGAUAAGUGAUCCGAUUCAAAUUCUACAUAGAAGUGUCAAUGAGAUCAAGUCCCCUGGAUCAUCGACAGCCUUGAUUGCUCAUCUUGACAAUAAUGAACUCCACAUUGCCAAUAUCGGAGACUCAGGAUUCAUGGUUAUUAGGGACGGCACAGUAUUGCAAAAGUCAUCUCCAAUGUUUCAUCAUUUUUGUUUUCCCUUGCAAAUUACGCAAGGCAAUGAUAUCUUUAAACUUGCACAGGUUUACCAUGUGAAUCUGGAAGAGGGCGAUGUUGUGAUCACAGCAACUGAUGGACUCUUUGACAAUUUGUACGAGGAAGAUAUUGUUUCGAUAGUUUGCAGGUCACUAGAACAGAGUUUGGAACCUCAGCAGAAAAUAGCAGAUUUGGUGGCUGCAAAGGCACAAGAGGUGGGACGAUCUGAGACAGAGAGUACGCCGUUUGCAGACGCAGCUAAAGAAGAAGGAUAUGAUGGUUACAAUGGUGGUAAACCUGAUGCUGUUACUGUCAUCGUUUCAUUCGUAAAAUCUGUCUCUACUUAAAAUUUGCGUCUUUCCUCUGCGACUGUAAAAAUGUAAAUAAUGGAGAGGCAGAGAGACGCACCACAAACGUUACAACAUCUUUUCUGGAUUCUCCAGUUUUCUACUGGAAUGAUGUACAUGUGAAAUCUCACCAAUCAUGUAAGCCGGAUCAGUCUAGGAUCCGACCCGAUAUUCAGUUUCCGACCCAAA